AAUUCAUGGAGGGUUUAAAGGUUGCGUCUGUCAACAUGCAACUUUAAAACAAAGCUGCAGCGUUUUCUUGGUGACACUCGGCGUGAUGAUGGACAGAGUGCUGCUGUUGUUUGGACUUGUGGUUCUCACCACUUCACACGCAAUACCUGUUUCUCCUGUGGUAUAUGAGGUGUAUGAGAAUGGUGAGGAUGAGAAUCCCAUCCUGAACAAAGGUUCAGAUGACAACCUGAUUGAAGGGGACAUUUUGAUUCCUAAAGGGAAGAAUGCCAUGACCGACACAAGAUACAGAUGGAAAUUUCCAAUCCCUUACAUUCUGGGAGAUGAUUUGGAUCUGAAUGCGAAGGGCUGCGUCCACCAGGCUUUUGAGAUGUACCGUCUGAAGUCUUGCAUUGACUUCAAGCCUUACGAGGGAGAAAAGACGUACAUCAAGUUUGAAAAGAGAGGAGGGUGUUUCUCCUCGGUUGGUGACCAACAGACCGGCCAGAUUCUGUCUUUGGGUUCCGGCUGUGACCACAAGGCUGUGAUUGAACACGAGCUGCUCCACGCUCUGGGAUUUUACCACGAACAGUCCCGCACAGACAGGGAUGACUACGUUGACAUCUGGCUGGAUCAGGUUUUACCAGGACUGGAGCAUAACUUCAACAAAUACAACGAUGACUACAUCACUGAUCAGAACACGGCCUACGACUACGAGUCCGUCAUGCAUUACAGGCCCUUCUCCUUCAAUAAGAACGAAUCCAUCCCCACGAUCACCACCAAGAUCCCAGAGUUCUACAACAUCAUCGGCCAGUACCUCGACUUCAGUGAGCUGGACACCCUCAGGCUCAACCGAAUGUACAACUGCUCUGGUCCUCUCACCCUGCUGGACCAGUGCGCCUUUGAGAAAGCCAGCAUCUGCGGGAUGAUCCAGGCCGCCACCGAUGAUGCUGACUGGGUCCAUACCGAGAGCAGCGUGGGUGCAGAGGAUCACACACUCCUGGGAAGAUGCAGAGAUGCUGGGUUCUUCAUGCACUUCAAUACCAAGACUGGGAAGCCUCAGGAGUCGGCGCUGCUGGAGUCCAGAACCCUCUACCCCAAGAGGAAGACGCAGUGUCUGCAGUUCUUCUACAAGAUGACUGGCAGCACCAGGGACAGGCUGGUGAUCUGGGUCAAGAUGGAUGACGGCACGGGCACCAUUCGCAAAAUGGAGAAAAUACACACCUUCUAUGCGGAUGCUGACCACACAUGGAAGAUCGCCCACGUCCCGAUGGAGGUCGGGGUGAAAUUCCGGUACUCUUUCCAAGCCGUGCGUGGCGAUCCUUCUGCAUCCACCGGCGGCAUCUUCAUCGACGACAUCAGCCUGACUGAGACCCGCUGCCCCAACGCAGUGUGGAGGAUCCAGAACUUCUCCAAGAUCAUGGAAACAGCUGACAUCAACUCAGUUAUUGACAGCCCUCGUUUCUACAGCCCUGAAGGCUACGCUUACGGAGUCCGUGUCAUACCUCGGACCAGUUACACUGACUACACCGGGGAGUACACCGGGCUGUACUUCCACCUGGCCAGUGGGGAAAACGAUGUGGUGAUGCAGUGGCCAGCCGUGAACAGACAGGCCACGCUGGUGGUGAUGGACCAAGACCCGGACAUUAAGCUGCGGAUGUCCACCGCUCGCAGCCUUACGACUAAUCUGAUGACGACACCAGACGGACAGCAGUUCUGGGACAAUCCGUCCAAGGUGGGGACGUACGACGCUUCCUGUGAUUGCUACAGAGGUUCAUCGAGGGGCUGGAGGAACUUUGUGAAGCACUUUGACCUCAGGCGGCGUAAUUACCUGAAGAACGAUGACCUCAUCAUCUUUGUUGACUUUGAGGAUAUCACAUCACUGAUCAAAACAGAAGUUCCCAUUCAGCCAGCGGAUGUCUGUAAGUCAUUUAACACCACGAUCCUGGUCAAAGUUCCCCUCCGGCUGCUGCCUUUAUGGGAAUGUUUAUACUGGAAGCACAGAGACACGUUGGUGUCGGGGAACAACAUGGGCUCCGGAGACCGUCUGAGGACGAUUGCUGCACUGAUUGGAGUCUUUGUGGUGUUGAAGGUUCAAGCUGUUCCGACACGUUCCGAUGAUAAUGCAGAUGCUGGUGAGCUGAGGGAAGACAUACUUGAUAUUAAUAAAGGGUUGAACCACCUGUUUGAGGGCGACAUCGCCGGGAACCCCAGCAGAAAUGCAAUCGUCGAUGAAAAAAGAAGAUGGAAGUUUCCCAUCCCCUACAUCUUAACUGACUCUUUAGAUCUGAAUGCUAAAGGUGUGAUCCUGCAGGCUUUUGAGGAGUACCGUCUGAGAUCCUGCGUGGACUUCAAGCCGUACGAGGGAGAGUCCAGCUUCAUCUCCUUUGCCAAGCUGUCCGGAUGCUGGUCUUAUGUCGGCGAUGAUAAAGUGGGACAGAAUUUGUCCAUCGGUGCCGGGUGCGACACUAAGGCCGUUGUGCAGCACGAGCUCCUCCACGCUCUGGGCUUCUACCACGAACAGUCCCGCUCUGAUAGAGACGACUAUGUCAAGAUCUGGUGGGACCAGAUUGAGGAAGGGAAGGAGCACAAUUUCAACAAGUACGAGGACGACUUGAUCACCGACAUGAACACGCCGUACGACUACGAGUCCGUCAUGCACUACAGACCGCUGUCCUUCAACAAGAACGCGAGCAUCCCAACGAUCACCACCACCAUCCCGUACUUUAAUGAGGUCAUCGGCCAGCGGCUGGACUUCAGUCCUGUGGAUAUCACCAGGCUCAACCGCAUGUAUGACUGUGCCAACACACACACUCUGCUGGACCAGUGCUCCUUUGAGCUGAUCAACAUCUGUGGAAUGAUCCAGAACGAGGAUGACAACGCAGACUGGGUCCAGACGCUGAGCAGUCCAUCUGACCCAGACCAAACCCUGGCAGGGCUCUGCAAAGACUCUGGCUACUUCAUGAAGUUCGACACAUCCUCCGGUGCAGCUGGAAGCAGCGCCUUGCUGGAGUCACGCAUCCUUUAUCCCAAGAGAGACGAGCAGUGCCUGCAGUUCUUCUACAAGAUGACCGGACCAGCUGGAGACAAACUGGUGAUAUGGAUCAGGACCGAUGACGGGACGGGGGUCGUACGCAGUGUCAGGAAGAUCCACACCAUUAUCGGUGAUGGAGAUGACGAAUGGAAAAUAGCCCACGUGACUCUCAAGGUGACGAAGAAGUUCCGCUAUUUUUUCCAAGGCAUCAGAGGAUCGUCGAGCUCCUCGGGGGCCAUCUUGAUCGACGACAUCAGUCUCUCUGAGACCGAAUGCCCAAAUGCUGUCUGGCAAAUCCACAACUUCACCAACGUUCUCGCCACCACGCCUGCUGGCACUCCCAUUAAGAGUCAGUGCUUCUACAACUCGGAGGGAUACUCGUUCGGUAUCAGUGUUUACCCCAAUGGGAGAGACAGCGACUACCCAGACUACGUUGGCAUGGCCAUGCACCUCUGCAGCGGGGAGAAUGAUGCAGUGAUGGAGUGGCCAGCCGCUAACAGGCAGGUGACCAUCGUCGCCAUGGACCAGAACCCCGACAUAAAACUGAGGAUGUCUAACACAAGAAGCUUCACCACAGACAAUCACAGCCGCUGGAACAAACCCACAGCUUCUUCGGGAGCGGUGUUCGACCCGAGCUGCCAGUGUUACCGCGGCCCAGACUUUGGCUGGAGCACGUUUAUGUCUCACAGGCAUCUGCACAUCAAGCACUUCCUCAAGCACCUGCACCUCAUCAUCACAGCUCACCUGAAGGAUCUGACCCCCCUGAUCAAGAUUGAGAUCAAUAUCCAUCCACACGCAGCGAAUAACGACCUUCCCGAUGAGAAGCCCAUCAGCGAGGUGGAAACGAGGCAGGAGGCUCCAAAACACAGAGAAGCUCGUUCCAUCAACCCCUGUCAGCCCAACCCUUGUUUGAAUGGAGGGGUGUGUGUGGAGAGCGAGGGGAAAGCCUCAUGCAGGUGUGCAUCGACUCAGACCACCUACUACACUGGUAAAAUGUGCGAGGACCUGAACAUGGACAGAGGCAUUCUGGGAGCUCUGAUUGGCGGCGCAGCAGGGACCGUAGUUCUAACUCUGGCCAUCUUCACCGUCAUCAGGAGAGCUCAGUGAAACACGAUCAAGAGGAUCAACGAGCCAAUGGUGCCGAUACCAGAGAGAGAACGAUCUGUUCUCUCUGGGCCUCGCUCCACAGACAAGACUCCUCAAACCUGGACGUCCUCCACAAAACUACAAAUUCAUAUAAAAAUAAAUGCUUUAAUUAUAAAGAAGAGUAAAACAACACUCCAGUCUGCACCAGGAGCUAAAACUGACCGCAAACAACCACAGUGAAAAUAGAGGGAGGACAUGUUUGUUUUUUUGUUCUAAUAUCAUAAAUAAAAUCAUCAUGUUUAGUUUGAUAAAUUAAUUCUGUUGUGAAAAAUGUAUUUUUCAAUCCUGCAGUGUAUUAAAAAAAAAGAAUCCAUA